UAGACGUGGCGCUGUCAUUUACCCGCACAUUCAUUCUCGCGUCCCGUCAAACCGACAAACAGAGAACAGAACAGCACCAGUUGCAACAGAAGAAGUGUGUGAUAUACCCCAACAUAUUACUUAGCAUAUAAAAGUGGCCGCGAUGAAAUUCCUAAUCUGUACACUACUCGCCGCGGCUUUCUACGUGGCCGCUGCCGAAGUUAAAGUUGAGGAGGGGGUUCUCAUUGCGACAGUGGACAACUUUAAGCAAUUGGUUGCCGACAAUGAAUUUGUGCUAGUUGAAUUCUAUGCUCCCUGGUGCGGACACUGCAAGGCCCUCGCUCCCGAGUAUGCCAAGGCUGCUCAGCAGCUGGCCGAGAAGGACUCGCCAAUCAAGCUGGCCAAGGUCGACGCCACCGUCGAAGGUGAGCUAGCUGAGCAGUACCAGGUGCGUGGUUAUCCCACACUCAAGUUCUUCCGGAGCGGUGCUCCAGUGGAGUACAGCGGGGGUCGUCAGGCCGCCGACAUCAUCUCUUGGGUAACCAAGAAGACUGGACCACCUGCCAAGGAUCUGACCAGCGUGGCCGAUGCUGAGCAGUUCCUCAAGGACAACGAAAUUGCCAUCAUUGGCUUCUUCAAGGAUACCGACUCUGAGGAGGCCAAGACCUUCACCAAGGCCGCCAACGCCCUGGACUCGUUUGUCUUCGGUGUGAGCAGCAAUGCCGAUAUUAUUGCCAAGUACGAGGCCAAGGACAAUGGCGUGAUCCUGUUCAAGCCCUUCGAUGACAAGAAAUCUGUGUUUGAAGGCGAGCUCACCGAGGAGACUCUGAAGAAGUUCGCUCAAGUACAGUCUCUGCCCCUGAUUGUGGACUUCAACCACGAGUCGGCUUCAAAGAUCUUCGGAGGCUCCAUCAAAUCCCACCUGUUGUUCUUCGUCUCCAAGGAGGCCGGACACAUUGAGGCCCAUGUCGAUCCCCUUAAGGAGAUUGCUAAGAAGUACCGCGAUGAUAUUCUGUUCGUUACGAUCUCGUCUGAUGAGGAGGACCAUACCCGCAUCUUUGAGUUCUUCGGCAUGAACAAGGAGGAGGUGCCAACCAUCCGUCUGAUCAAACUGGAGGAGGACAUGGCCAAGUACAAGCCAGAGUCGAACGAUCUGUCUGCCGAGACCAUUGAAGCUUUCCUGAAGAAGUUCCUCGACGGAAAACUGAAGCAGCACUUGCUGUCCCAGGAUCUGCCCGAGGAUUGGGAUAAACAGCCUGUCAAGGUCCUUGUCUCCAGCAACUUCGAGAGCGUCGCCCUCGACAAGAGCAAGUCCGUCCUGGUUGAGUUCUAUGCUCCAUGGUGCGGCCACUGCAAGCAGCUGGCACCCAUCUAUGACCAGCUGGCCGAGAAGUACAAGGACAACACCGACAUUGUGAUUGCCAAGAUGGACUCUACUGCCAACGAGCUGGAGAACAUUAAAAUCUCAUCCUUCCCCACAAUCAAGUACUUCCGUAAGGAUGACAACAAGGUCAUCGACUACAACUUGGAUAGAACUCUGGACGAUUUCAUCAAGUUCCUCGAUGCCAACGGUGAGGUGGCCGAUGCCGAGCCCGCAGAGGAGACCGAGGAGGAGGAGGAGGCGCCCAAGAAGGACGAGUUGUAAAUCCAACAACAAUAACAAAUAACAACAUAAACAACAAAAGCAAACAUGAAAAUCCAACAACAAUGAACAGCAACAUCCCUACAACAAACAACAGCAACAACAAAUAGCAACGUACAUUCUGUAGUUUAUUUCUAUAUUCUAUUUUUAUGGGGUUGUCCGCACAGGCUCGGCCAGAAUCUCCUCAUCCAGCAAAUGAGUUUUUAUCAUUUGGCUGUUGGGUCAGGUCAGCUGGUCGCCCGCCCGUCCGCCAUCCCAGCAUUUGCCACUCAAUUUUAUCUUCGCGUUAUCAAUUUUUCAAUUUUGUUGUUUGUAUCUGUACUUGCAACGCAACUUUCAACGCUCUCUUCAGAUGUUCCUGUCGAUUGCGUAAACUUAAAAUUCAGUUUUAUUGAAGAAUGAAGCAAAAGCGAUAAAUUUUAAUAUGUAAUUCUUUAAGUUUUCUUUUUUUUUUGGAAUUUUUAGAAUCAUUGAAAGAACUGAUUAAGAACUUAACAAAUAAAGUUGGUAACAACAUUAAAACCAGAAAAAAACCAA